CAAUUCAUUUCAAACUGCAGCAGUAUGUGGUCACUGGCACUAUUGCGCAAAAAAAUCCAAAAGUUUAAGCGGAUUAAAGUGUAGGCUGUUUUAUCCAACAAGCCUCACCAUGAACAGCAUCAUGGCAUGAUGAUGAUGAAGCAGCACAUUUCUACAGAUUUUUUUAGUGUUUUGUGAUUCUUUGCUGAUCUCAAAGUCAACAUGCCCCACGCUCGAAAUAGGAACCCCAGCCCCAUCCCAGAGGUAACAUGGGACACGGGAUUGAAGGAGAUGAACGAGACCUGGAAAGGAGCGAUUGCCUGCCUUGGGGUGGCCGUCUUCUUCGUGAUGACCAUAGGGAUCAUAUACUGGCAAGUGGUGGACCAGCCCAACAAGAACUGGAUUCUCCGGGGGACUUUUAGCGGACUCAUCUGGGAGAGGAGGACCCAUUCACUGGUCAUUCAAACGCUGACCGAGGACACCACGUACGUGGAGAUAGACGUGGGCAACGUUGGGAACCCGGACGUGGAGGUUCCGUUCGUGAGGAAUCUGUGCUGGCUCAAUAAGACUGAGUUCUGCUACACGUGGGACUCUGUGGCCGAGGUGAAGAUCUCGUUGGAAGUGAACGAGGAGACAGAGAGCGAGUGCUACAGCAUGAGCUGGACGCCGGUGCACUGCCAUGUGCAGCUAAAGGACUGCUUCUCCAUGGCUAAUGUGUCCUGGUACGGUGGAGCCAGUGUGAAGGGGCAGACUUGGCCCAUUAAUGACCAGAAUGCAACAAUGCAGCCUUUUAUUGUGAGUGAUCUGAGGAACAACCCGUCUGGAUUUGGAUCUGUGCUUGAACGAUACUUUCUGGGGUCCUCAGGUGUGGCCUUGUUGGUGUCUCCUGAGACUCCCAUACAGCUGGGCCUGGACAGUGGGGAACAGAUCUGCCUGCAGUCACUGCCUAGUAUGGAGCGUCUGCCUCUCCAGUACUCAGUGUGUGUGGGCCCCAACGUGAAGGCGGCUCAUCUCGACGCUAUGCAACAACUGUCCCUUCACAGCAGGGAGCUGCCCAACAUGAAAACCAUGCGGCUGCCAUUUUGGAAGCUGCUGACUUCUGUAGACUCAGGGCCGAAGGUGGAGAGGGAGCUGAGGAUCUUCUCCAACCGUCUGAGGAGACACCAGCUGGGGGAGGGCGUCAUCAGCCUGAAUGAACAUUCCACCACCCUCCUCUAUGAUAUGGACCAUGACUACCUCAACAGCAGGAGAAGGGGGAUGUCUAAGCGACUGACCAGGGACUUCCCUCUUGUCAAGCUUCUUAACAUUUCCAUCACGCUGUCCCCGUUCCUGGGCGUGGACUCCACGCAAUUCCACAGUUCCCUCGUCGAUGGUACUGAAACCUACUGGCUCAGCGUACCCUCAAACCCUCAAGGACAAAUGGUUCCCAUAUUAAGUCAGUGGCAUGGGAGGUUCUGUGUUAAACUGAACCUGACGAAUCCAGGGGCCGUGAGCUGGUUCCUGGACAGAGUGGGCUCUCUCCAGGCUCUUCUGGGGAUGGAGUACGUCCUGCUGGAGGGAGCAGAGGGCAGCGCGCUGGAGGAGCAGGCUCUGCGGGCACAGUCUCUCUCUGGAGACAGAUACAUCAGUCUACUGGCAGACCUGGCAUCCAGAAUAGAAAACUCCAUUGUGACGGCAGGAACACAGUCGAGCCACAGGCCUCUGUUUGUCCGGAUGACGCCCCUGCAGUCAGACUGGAGCUCUAUGGGUCUGAAGGGCAUCAUUCCCUCCCUGCUGCACCACACUCUAAUGGGAUACAACUUCCUCAUUCCUGAUGCAGUAGGCGGCUCUCUGUCUGAAGACCUGGUCACAGAUGAGGAGUUGUUCAUUCGAUGGCUGGAAAUCGUGGCCUUUCUCCCAGUGAUCAGCUUCCACACCCCACCGUGGGUCUGUGGGGAGGACCGGGUGUUGAAUAUAACUCGGCAGUACAUAUCUCUACACCAGAAGACGGUGGUUCCCCUCAUAGAGAAGUACGCAGAGGAGUGGCAGCUGACGGGACAGCCCAUCUUCCGCCCGAUGUGGUGGUUGAGCCCCAGCGACCCCAUGACCUUCACCAUCGAUGAUCAGUUCCUCAUUGGAGACGAGGUCCUGGUGGCACCCGUGGUGGAGAGGGGGGCUGUACACAGGGAUAUUUAUUUACCUGAUGGGGGCUUCCAGUGGCAGGACCGCCUGACUGCACAGGUGUUCGAUGGAGGAACGCUGCUACAGGACUAUCCCGUGGCCUUGGAGGAGGUGGCCAUUUUCUUAAGAAGAAGCUGA